AUGGGGUUGAUCAACCUCCUGAAGAGUCUUUAUAUUUUGGGGGUCAAACCCCAGCAGAAGUAGCUUUGUUCGGUGGAGCAGGAGCUGCGCUGGCACCUGCGCAGACUCUCCUACUGGCGCCUGGCAUCCUUGACCACCUACCUGGCCACCUACAUACCCAAGGAGAAACCCCACAACGUGCUAACUGAGCUUUUUGCCCAGCUGGAGAUGCGUUGGGCCAAGAUCGAAGAUGCCAGCACCAUUGCCAUGCUGAUGGCCAAACAGGGAUACCUCUUGCCACAAUUCCAGGAGCAGCUGGAAGAUAAGUGCCUAGAGCUGGCCGCCCACUUCUCUCCCAAGGACAUCUGGAGGGUUGUUGUUGUCUUGGGCCAACAAAACCUCCAUUCCUUGCCACUUCUCCGAGCCAUCUCCUACCAUUUUGUCCAGAAGCAUUUUGUUGUCCAACCAGAUAUCCUCCUGGAUUUGAUUUUUGCCUUUGGGAAGCUGAAUUUCCACCAGACCCAGAUGUUCCAGAAGAUCUGCGCGGACCUCCUGCCCCACGUCUCCGAGUUGCCUCCCACUGAUGUGGUCCAUUGUGUGAAGUCCUUCUCCUACCUCAAAUGGUUGAACCUUCAUUUCUUUGAGGCCUCUGCCGAGGAAGCAGACAAGUGGGAACCAAGCCUACCCAGUGGCCCAACAGGGGAACUACACACCAACCUGAGCCACAACCGCUUAUCUGGGGUCAAGGGCAUCCAGCGGGAAACGAUGAUCUCGGAAGCUGAAAGAACCAGGACGGAAUUCGACUCGCGGGCCAAGGAGCUCCAGAAGGUUCCAUCCCAGGCAGCUGGAGGAACAGUAGACUCAAUCGCUGCAGCCAAGAUCCCGGAGACAAGUGAACUGCACAGGUCCAGUAGGAAGCCGGCACGCCCCGCCUACCUGGAGGACUACAUCCCAUAUCUUAGAUGUCGCUCUCAUACCAAAAGGACAUACACUCCAAUUGUCACUGAGGAAGAUCUGAAAGCUGUGGAGAUGCACAAAACAGACAUUCAUUUCGAAACACAAGUUUCGGUUUGCUGCCAUAUCUUCCACCAACAGGGGAGCAAUAAGGGGCUAUUUCCCUACCUCCUCUAA